AGGAUGCCAGCCCAGGGACACUGUUUCCUCAAGGAGGAUGAGAGAGGCCUGGACCAAGAUUCGCUCUAUAACAAGUACAGUCUCACCAGCCAGCAAGGACCACUGCUGCUCACACUGCUGCUGGUGGGGGUCAUAGCCCUCACGCCUCUUCUCAUCAUGAGUGUCGUCGACGGGGAGUUCUCCGAACAUCAGGCUCUCCUGGGGACCACGCUGGUGGUGCUUGUCGUGUUUGUCACCUCGUACCUCCUGGUGUACCUCAACUGCCUGGCACGUCGGGGGCUCAGGGUCUUGGCCCUGCUCAUCUGGGUCUGUCUCAUGAUACUGGGCUACGUGCUGCUGUUCGACUCCUGGGUGACGGCGAACUGUAUGUGGGAUCCGGUGCCCUUCUUCCUGUUCAUCAUCUUCGUCGUGUACACAAUGUUGCCCUUCGGCAUGCGGGGGGCCGUUGUCAUGGGGGUUUUCUCCACCACCUCCCACCUCUUUGUGCUUGGCGUCCUCGUCUUCGUGGAGCCCUCCAAGACGCCUACAAACCACAUGGGGCUGAAGAUACUGGCCAGUGCCUUGGUCUUCCUCUGUGGGAACCUCACCGGGGCCUUCCACAAGCACCAGAUGCAAGACGCCUCCCGAGACCUCUUCACCUACACCGAGAAGUGCAUUCAGACCCGCAGCAAGCUACGCAUUGAGAAGCGUCAGCAGGAGAACCUGCUGCUGUCCGUGCUGCCCGCCCACAUUUCCAUGGGCAUGAAGCUGACCAUCAUUGAGAGGCUCAAGGAGCACAGGGAUCGCCGCCACGUGCCCGACAACAACUUCCACAGCCUUUAUGUCAAGAGACACCAGAACGUCAGCAUCCUCUACGCAGACAUCGUGGGCUUCACACAGCUGGCCAGUGACUGCUCGCCGAAGGAGCUGGUGGUGGUGCUCAACGAGCUGUUCGGCAAGUUUGACCAGAUCGCCAAGGCCAAUGAGUGCAUGCGGAUCAAGAUCCUUGGUGACUGCUACUACUGUGUGUCGGGCCUGCCUGUGUCCCUGCCCACCCAUGCCCGGAACUGCGUGAAGAUGGGGCUGGACAUGUGUGAGGCCAUUAAGCAGGUGCGGGAGGCCACGGGUGUGGACAUCAGCAUGCGUGUCGGCAUCCACUCGGGAAAUGUUCUGUGUGGAGUCAUUGGGCUUCGCAAGUGGCAGUAUGAUGUGUGGUCCCACGACGUGUCCCUGGCCAACAGGAUGGAGGCCGCUGGAGUCCCUGGCCGGGUGCACAUCACAGAGGCGACGCUGAAACACCUGGACAAGGCAUACGAAGUAGAGGACGGGCACGGGCAGCAGAGGGACCCCUACCUGAAGGAGAUGAACAUCCGCACCUACUUGGUCAUCGACCCCCGUAGCCAGCAGCCACCGCGGCCCAGCCAGCACCUCCUCAGGCCUAAAGGAGACGCAGCGCUGAAGAUGCGGGCCUCUGUGCGCAUGACUCGCUACCUGGAGUCCUGGGGGGCUGCGCGGCCUUUCGCACACCUCAACCACCGAGAGAGCGUGAGCAGCAGUGAGACCCCCGUCCCGAGAGGCCAGAGGCCCAGGACCAUCCCUCUGCGGCGCCACCACCGAGCUCCAGAUAGAAGUGCAUCACCCAAGGGGCGCUCAGAGGACGACUCGUAUGACGAGGAGAUGCUGUCAGCUAUUGAGGGCCUGAGCUCCACAAGAUCCUGCUAUUCCAAGACCGAUGACUUCACCUGCACUUACCUACCCAUCUUCAGAGAGAAGAGUCUUGAACGAGAGUACCGCCUGGCCCCCAUCCCCCGGGCCCGUCACUACUUCGCCUGGGCCAGCCUCAUCUUCCUCUGCAUGUUGCUCGUCCACAUCCUGUUAAUGCCCAGGAUGACAGCUGUAAACAUGCCCUUUACCCUGGCGGCCUGCGUACUGGGACUGGGCCUGUGCCUGUGCUUUGCUGAUCAGUUUCUGAGGUGCUGCCCAGCUUGGGGGAUGCUCCGAACCAUCUCCGAGAAGGCAGGGACACAGCCCCUGCUGAGGGCGUUCCUGGCCAUCGUGACCAUUACCGCCAUCGUGAGCCUGUAUUACACCUGCAGCUGCAUGCUCAGCUUCGUGGCUUGUUCCAUCUUCCUGUGGAUGAGCCUGGAGCUCAAGUUUGUGCUGUUAACCGUGGCCGUGCUCACCAACUUGCUGCUCUUCCACAGAGCUCCCUCACCUUGCUCAUGGAAGGAUUUGAAGAUGGUAACUUUCUUCCUGCUUCUGUUUUACAUCUCCCUCAUCAUGCUCUCCGUACAGAUUGACUAUUACUGCCGGUUGGACUGUCUGUGGAAGAAGAAGUUCAAGAAAGAACAUGAGGAGUUUGAAACCAUGGAGAACGUGAAUCGCCUUCUUCUGGAGAAUGUCUUGCCAGCCCACGUGGCUGCCCAUUUCAUUGGUGACAAGUUAAAUGAGGACUGGUACCAUCAGUCGUAUGACUGUGUCUGUGUCAUGUUUGCAUCUGUGCCGGAUUUCAAAGUGUUCUACACAGAGUGUGACGUCAACAAAGAAGGGCUGGAAUGCCUGCGCUUGUUAAAUGAGAUCAUUGCAGACUUUGACGAGCUGCUGUUAAAGCCCAAGUUCAGUGCUGUGGAGAAGAUCAAGACCAUUGGGAGCACGUACAUGGCAGCGGCAGGGCUCAGUGUCACCUCGAGGCACGAGGACCAGGACUUGGCUCGGCAACACGCCUACAUUGGCCUCACGGUGGAGUUCAGCAUCGCCUUGAUGAGCAAGCUGGAUGGCAUCAACAGGCAUUCCUUCAACUCCUUCCGCCUCCGAGUCGGCAUAAACCAUGGGCCUGUGAUUGCUGGAGUGAUUGGGGCACGGAAACCUCAGUAUGACAUCUGGGGAAACACGGUCAAUGUGGCCAGCCGAAUGGAGAGCACUGGAGAACUUGGGAAAAUUCAGGUCACUGAAGAAACAUGUACCAUCCUGCAAGGACUGGGCUAUUCCUGUGAGUGCCGUGGGCUGAUUAAUGUCAAGGGCAAGGGCGAACUGAGAACUUACUUCGUCUGCACAGACACUGUCAAGUUUCAAGCUUUGGGGCUGAACUGA